AGUUCGCCUGUUCUGACCGGCGUCUCUCGCUCUCAUUGCUCAGUUGCCUGGACUGUUGGUAGGCUAAGCUAAGCUAAGCUAAACUAUAUUAGGUAGAGGUAGAAUUGGCCGAACAAGGUAAAUUGUUCAUCGGCUCUUUUACCCGAGGGUUAAAGAGACGGAAAUGUUUCGUCAAAGCGGUUUGUCGGCUGCUCUCCUGCUCGCGGUGGUGCUAGGAAGAAGUGAGUCGCUGAAAGAAGGAGAAUGUGAAGUGUGUGUGACGUUUCUUGGAAAGUUCUACCAGUCUCUUCAGGAGUUAAAAGUGAACUUAAAUAGUGCCGACAUUGAGAAGGCACUUCUGAAGAGCUGCAGUGAUGCCAAAGGCAAAGAAAAUCGUUUUUGUUACUACAUUGGGGCAACCAGCGAUGCCGCCACCAAGAUAGUCAAUGAAGUGUCCAGGCCGCUCAGCCACCACGUCCCUGUUGUCAAAAUCUGCGAGAAACUUAAGAAGAAGGACAGUCAAAUUUGUGAACUCCGAUACGACAAGCAGCUGGACCUGAGCUCGGUGGACCUGAAGAAGCUAAGGGUGAAAGAUCUGAAGAAGAUUCUGGAAGAGUGGGGUGAGUCGUGCAAAGGCUGCGCCGAAAAGUCUGACUUCAUCCGCAAGAUCACCGAGCUGAUGCCCAAGUACGCCCCUGCCGCCGCCAGGACUCGGACUGACCUGUAAAGUCACAUUGACUGUGUACUGUUCUCUCACUCACUCACUCACUCACACACACACACUCACACACACACACACACACACACACACACACACACACACACACACACACACACACACACACACACACACACACACACACACACACACACUAGUCUAAGGUGGUAUUUCAGAAGAGGGAAGUCCACCUUUAUUCCUAUUGGACCAUGGACCAGGUGCGUCUUACCCAGUCUUCAUGACCAUGUGACUCAUGUUCACUGUGCACAUGUCAGCUGUAUAUGUGGCUCCACACCCCUCUUCAGGCUGUUUGCCGCCCAUCUGCCAUGAUUCUGUAACUUACAUGUGCAUUAAAACCUUUGUUUUUUUUAA